GACAUCGAUGAUGUUGGACAUAAGUACUACCUGGAAUUGGUGUUAGAAGAUGUCCUCGACAAAGACAGUACUGUUAACUGCACUGCUGAGGUUCUUUAUCAUCUGGGCAACAAAAACAUUGCUCCAGAUGUGCAAUUCACAAUUGAAGGAGAACUUAAGAAUGCAGAUGAAGCAGAUAACAUAUUCUACAAUCGAAUCAAGAGCCUGGAAAAAGAGCUCGUCGCAGAAAACAUACCAGACAGCCAUGGCAACGUGUCCCCAGAAAUGGAGCCCAUCCGACUGCUAGCGUGGGUCGCCUCUGGCUAUGUGAUAUGGCAGAAUUCAACUGAAAACACUAAAUUCCAACUUGCCCAAAUUAAACAUGUGAAGCAAGUGAAAAGAAGUGAUGAAUACCUUGAAUUUGACUACAUGAUUUUACUUCACGAAAUGGUGUCACAGGAGAUCAUUCCCUGGCAAAUGACAGUUCUCUGGCACCCACAGCAUGGUGUUCAAGUAACACGGGACAGCCGUCAGCCAAAACACGCAUCGGAAUAA